GCCUUCUCAGGGGGACUAGUGAAGGACUGGUGGGGGACAGGACGUGGUUCUGUCACCAGAAAAAGUACUACUACUUAAAUUUUCCACUGACAGUCAGGUCCUCCAUGACACCAUAGAAAAGGAAAAGAAGAACUGACCACUGAAUGACAAUAUAUAAACCCAGAGAGAGGGGGCUGACAGUAGACACUUUCUGCUCUGCCUUGACACAGAAGCCAGCAAUGAAGCUCCACACCGCAGCAAUCCUGCUCCUCUUCUGGCUUGGUGUCUUCACCGUGCACACUGUCAAAGGGAGUUCUAGCAGUGAGGUCAUGCGCAAAUUCAAGUGUGUAAAUCUCUCUACAAGGCAGUUGAACAUCCGAAAUCUUGUGAACUACGAAAAGCAACAAGUACCAACAGAUGCCAUCAUGUUUCUUACUGCAGGAGGUAUCAGGAUCUGUGUAAGACCUAAUCAGAAAUGGGUGCAGGCUGCUAUAAAGAGAAUAGAUGAAAGACAGGCUGCCAAACGCAAAUAA